GGGUAUAUAACGUGGAGUAUAGGAUCCGUCUAUUUUGUCAUCCGGUUCGAGCCCUGCCGUCUACACGCCGUUGUUUCUUCUCCCAUUCGCUUCGAAAAAAGAAAACAUUCCACCAAGAUGCCCAACUGCCCGAAAUGCCAAAAACCUGUUUAUUUUGCCGAGAGGAAGACGUCUUUGGGCAAAGACUGGCAUGGGCUCUGUCUGAAAUGUGAAAAAUGCAACAAAACUUUGGUUCCUGGUCAGCACGCUGAACACGAAGGCAAGCCUUACUGCAACAACCCGUGCUACUCGGCCCUAUUCGGUCCUGGAGGAUUCGGACGCGGUGGCGCUGAGAGUUACGUCUACAAGAAGUGAAGGGUCUCAAGCCAUCAAAAUCUUCAAAAACUAUGGGCCGCUUGACGACAUCUGUCGAGCAGCACGGUACAGCCCUUCCCUCCGAAAAUAACCGACGACUCGAACAAAAAAAAAUCCAACUUUUAUUAUUAUUAUUAUUCAUAGCCAAAGCUUCUUUUUUUUCUUCAUCUACAGACGGUGGAAGAAAAAACAAAAACACAAAAAAAUGCCUUCACUUCUUUUUACGUAGCGGCCGGCGUGGUGUGAGCGCGAGAGAGCCGAAAAAACUGAUUAGAUUCCAAUCAUUCCUAUUUAUACAAUAUUAUGUUUGAUUUUUGACAUUCCUUAAACGGCAUUCUCCCAGUU